CUUCUUCGCAACACCGCAACUACUUCUCCAGACAUCCAACACCUCAUACUUUUCUCUUCCCUUCUCCUUCCGCUGCGAAACCACCGACCGACUUUAAUAUACCAACAAUCGUCACACACGCACAUACCCCUCAGCCGCAACCAUGGAUGAGAUUGCAAAGGAAUACGAUGUCAUCGUGCUGGGCACUGGCCUGACUGAGUGUGUCCUUUCUGGUGUCCUCAGUGUGAAGGGCAAGAAGGUCCUCCACAUUGACCGCAACGACCACUAUGGCGGUGAGGCAGCUUCGGUUAACCUCGAGACGCUCUACAAGAAGUACGGCAACUACGCAAAGGGCGAGGAGCCCUGGACGAAGUAUGGACGUCUGAAUGACUGGAACAUCGACCUUGUCCCCAAGUUCCUCAUGUCCGCUGGCGAGCUCACCAACAUUCUCGUCUCGACCGACGUCACAAGAUACCUCGAGUUCAAGCAGGUUGCAGGCAGCUACGUCCAGCAGGGCCAGAGCUCCAAGGCCACUGUUGCCAAGGUUCCCUCCGAUGCCGGCGAGGCUCUGCGUUCGCCCCUGAUGGGCAUCUUUGAGAAGCGCCGCAUGAAGAGCUUCAUCGAGUGGAUCGGCACUUUUGACCGCAAGGACCCCGGCACACACAAGGGCCUCGACAUCAACAAUGUCACCAUGAAGGAGGUCUACGACAAGUUCGGCCUCGAGACCGGUACUCGUGACUUUAUCGGCCACGCCAUGGCUCUCUUCACCACGGACGAGUACCUCACUAAGCCUGGUGCCGCCCCCGAGGCCAUCGAGCGCAUCCGCCUGUACGGAACCUCUGUGUCCCGCUAUGGCAAGUCCCCUUACAUCUACCCUCUCUACGGUCUCGGCGAGCUUCCCCAGGGCUUCGCCCGUCUGUCGGCCAUCUACGGUGGUACCUACAUGCUUAACACCAACGUCGACGAGGUUCAGUACGAGGGCGGCAAGGCUGUCGGUAUCAAGGCCACUAUGACUGGCGUUGAGGAGAUGAAGUUCGAGACCAAGGCCAAGAUGAUCCUUGGUGACCCCAGCUACUUCCCCGGAAAGGUCAAGGUUGUCGGACAGGUUCUGCGCGCCAUCUGCAUUCUGAAGCACCCCUUGGCCGGCACCAACGAUGCCGACUCUUCCCAGCUCAUCAUUCCCCAAUCCCAGAUUGGCCGCAAGAACGAUAUCUACAUCGCCUGCGUGUCAUCGGCACACAACGUUUGCCCCAAGGGUUACUGGAUUGCCAUUGUUUCGACCAUUGCCGAGUCCAACGCCAACCACCACGUCGAGCUUCAGCCCGGUCUGGAGCGCCUCGGCAAGAUCGAGGAGCAGUUCAUGGGCGCCCCAAUUCCCAUCUACGAGCCCACGGACGACGGCACCGGCGACAACGUCUUCGUCUCCAAGAGCUACGACGCCAGCAGUCACUUCGAGAGCACGACCGACGAUGUCAAGGAUAUCUACCGCCGCGCCACCGGCGAGGAGCUCAAGGUUGAGGGUCUGAGAGAGGGCCUGCAAGUUGCGGAUGAGCAGUAAGCGCAAGGGGAUGCUUCAUUGAAACUUUUGUUUUCAAGCGGGCGAGGGGAGGAGGGAGCAAGUCUGAGAGGCAUUGAGUCCUCGCACAUCAUAACAGACGGCAAUCCGGGGUAUAUAUAUAACAUAUCUUGGACGUAAACAUCUGAGGGUGGUGCUCUUCAAAGUUAUUCAAGCCA